GAAUGCGGUGCUAAACUCUUCGAUGAUUUCGUCGAGAUAGAGCCAGGAUCCCUGCAAGAGCUCCAGGACUCAAUGCAGGGAGUAGUUCAGAAUGGAGCACCUCAAAAGGGGACGAAUACCUAUAUUCUGCAGGAUAUGAUAGAACGUGUCAAGCGGGUUUUCGGCUCGCUGAGUAGGGCAUUUUCGACAAACCAGAGUUCGGCAAAUAAUAGUACCUUGCCAUUACACCAGACUACUUCCCUUAACAGUCCAUCAAGUCCCCUUCGAUCGCUUGACUUGCUGCACGUUCUAUUUUGCAUCCACACAGGCGAGACCGGAUUGAGACUUCAUCAAGAACGUCUCUCAGGCAUUACCUCUGAUCGCGAGCUUUUACUCUUCCUUCGGAAAGAAUACUUAAAAUACAGAAAAGUGGCCUCCUGGCUUACACUCCGGAGCGUUACUGGAGUCUCUCUGGCAAGGGUACGUCCUCCUAUCAUAGCAAUCUUCCAUAUUGAGCUGACGUAGAAAAGUUCAUGGUCGAUUCAAGCGAGUUUGCUGAAGUCCACCGGCACGCUCAUGUCUGUACCUCAGACUGUGUCUGUCUGCCCCCGGUUGACAAGAUAGGGACCGAGUACAAUUGCCGCCCGGCGCCGGAGGUCAAACCCAAAUACGUUCCUCCCAUCGGCCCACGAUAUCUAUCGCAUCAUUUCAGUCAUCCCGACUGCAUCCGCCCGACACAGAAGUUCAUAUAUAAUCAGUUGCCCAAGCGGACGUGCGGGCAGUUGCAAGCGCCCGAAGAUCGGGUUGAAUUUGGCUGGGGAGUCUACUUUGAAGAGGGUUGGCACUGGAGAUCCAUUUACUUCGUCAUAGUUGUUCUGAUUGCUUCCGGAAGCGGCGUCUUUGGGGUUACUUGGUCUAUCACUAAAGGUGAUAUCCAGGGUGGCUUUGCGGUCUCCAGCCUCUGGGUCACAUUAGGUAGCCUAUUCUUGGGAUAUAUCGCCGUUCGGAGUUUCUAGGUAUGUGUGUAUUAUUUUUGGUUUGAUUAUAUGGAUAUAGCUGGAUGUGUGAUGAAGUUCAAAUUUAUGUCACAUAAGUUAGUUAGAGGGUGUGAUGAUUGUCUAAGAGCUGGGGCAUGGGCCCCUUUUCCGCACCCCCACCCGCACACGCUACAGGAACGCAGGUGCAAGUUGAGCUUCCUCAAGAAGCUCUUUGACAGAAUAGGUGUGAGGUACAUAUCUAAGACAUCUAAU